UUCAUUUCAGUAUAGAUACCUUAAAGUAUUUUCAAAAACUAAAACGAGUACGUAUUGGAUUUACCGAUUUGCGUCAAAUUAACCAAUGUGUGCUAAAAAACGACUUGUAAAAUGCCUAAAGCUAAAGAAAAAAUUAAUUUUUAAGAUUUAAACCAAUUUUAAUUCACAUGAAUAAACAUACCAAGAAGAACAUAAGACUAUAAAAAGGCUAUUAAAUGUGCAUCAAGAACUUGUACAAUUAAUGAUUUCAACACUUGGCGAAAAGUCAAACCAUAAAUACAUGGCAAAGGAAUCAACAGCAUGUGUGCAUAAAGCAUCAAUCCAUGUCAGUCCCGCAACGAACACAGCGCAGCAAAUAUUUGCAUACACACGCAUGCACGCACAAACCUACAUACACACCAACCAGCCAACAGUUUCAACACACUAACGUAGAGUGUAAUUGAAGCGCGCGCCUAAAUGUAUGCAGCGCAACGUGCAACGCAACUUGCUAAAACUAUAACAAUGGCAUGCAGCGUACAAAAGCAACCCACACAAUCACAACAACACUCAGCGGCAUCUGCAACUGUAACAGUAACUACACCACACGCAAUGGCAGUGACGGCGUUGGCAUCAGCCAAUAACAGCAGCAACAACAUUGACAGCCAACUGGGUAGCAGUGGCGGUGGUGGCAGCAAUAGUGGCAGCAAUAGCAGCAUGAGUGGCGGAGUAGGAGCUUUAGCUGCAGCUAUCAGUGACGUGACCAAAAAACCACUGACACCAAAACCGCGCGGCUCAUUACCGAAUGACGUAAACCAACCGCUACAAACGGAAUUUCACUGGCCCCCCGUGCCGGUGAGCACGCACACCAGCAAUCUGCGCUUAAAUAUGAUGAAUCAGAAUCCAAAAGACCUGCAUACAGCGCGACUCAUGAUCGAGGAGUUGCGUACGAAGGUACGCUAUCAGGCAGAGCACAUCAUGAAGUGGAGGAAGGCAUAUGCGCUGCAGAUACAACAACAAUACCGCUACCAGAAGGAGAAGACAGAUCAGAUGAAUACGCUGACCUCGCAACUUCUAUUACUCGAAUCGCGGCUAAAGCGGAAGCAAAAACAGAUUGCGAGCUUACUCAGCCAUCGCGAAUUCACUAUACAGCGGCAGCAAAAGAUUAUCGACACGCUUUCGAAUCGACUGUCGGAUCAUGGACUGGACGCUAUCGAGGCAAACUACACCACGGAGCUGGAUUCGCUUAACGACUCCGACUCGGCAGUGGUGCUGGAAGAUAUCGAUUCGGAUAGCAGCAAUAUGCCGUUUGGCGCACGUCGUCGCAGCAGUGGCGGUGGCUACGGCUCCGGCACGGGUCAAAGUGCUGGUGAUAGCAUCACCAUUGUGCGUUCCAUUUCCGAUGCCAUUGAGACGAAUUUGAACAAGUACAGUGGCGUACGACGUAACAACUGCUUCCUGCGACGACCGGAAAUAUUGGAGACUGUCUACUCGGUGGAGGAGGAUCCGGAGCCGACAUCAGAUGUGGCAGAGAAGCGUGAUAAGUUCCGAACUCGCUCGGAGAAGGCGCUGAGUUCGAGUUCAACAGAAGGACAAAUCGACAGCAACUCUUCGCAUGCGACGCCACAUGCAGCAGCGAACAUCACUCAGCCAGAGCGUGCGAAAGAAAAUGUGCGCAUCACACCGCCCUCGCCGCAACGUCAACUCAGCAUCUCACAACCGCUUGAGUCACCGAAAAAGGAAGAUGGUUACACCGCCUACAGCGUCAUGGUGCCGCAGUUGCGCACUACAGCUGCCACACCGACCACGGAGAGAAUCAGUGCGCUGGCUGGCGCUGACGUCGAUGGCAGUUCGACCGGCGUCAAAUCGCAGGUGACGAACUACAAUCGCGUCAUGUCCAACCAUCGCUCGGUGACUAAACCAAAGGACGUGAAAUACAAACGCAUCAACAAGGCAAAGUCGAAAAGCCUGGAGGAGCUACGCGGUCGGCUUAAAAAUCUGGUGGAGCGCGGCGGCAGCGCGGGUAAUGGUCUUGACGCGCACGGUAGUGGUGCGCCCUAUGCGCACGGUGUUAUGCCGCAGACUGCACAGUCAUACGCGUGACAAUGGCCAUCUUUUGGAGGCUCUACUGCUACGCUGGCCGUUAUUGCAGCCACAGCGCCCAUUGCCUCAUUCGACGCCGACAUGGAUGACUAUGCAGUGGAGGAGGAGGAGGAUGAAUGCGAUUGCUUACAAAGGACAACGCCAGCAAGAGAGCAAGUAGUAGAGGAAAAGCCACCACCUCCUGUGGAGGUGAAGGUGACAGAGAUGGCGAUAGAGCCCAACGAAAGGGACUGCAAGUUGAGCACCUCAGAAGAACAAUUGCGCUCGAAGCCAUUUUCGCCGCUCAAGCAUUGCAUACCUAAGCGAUCGCUGACGUUGCCGCGCAUACUUGUGCCGCGAAGCGCAUUCGGUUCGAGUGGUGGUGGUGCGGCUGGCUCAGGGCGCAGUGGCGGUGGGCGUGGCGGUUUCUAGCAGUUAAAGAAAUUUUUCAUACGUAAUUGUGAUAAAAAGUAAAUAAGCCGACUUCCCAGCUACGCUCUACUUACAUACAUAGACAUGUAUCCUCACAGUCACAGUCACGGUCGCAGUUGGCAAGACACUCUACUAAGUGACUCAAUUACUUUUUUUGUUACUAGCUUUGCAUUCUUUUUGACUUUUGUAACAUGUGUUUCCUCAUUUUGUUUACUACACUCAAGUAGCAUUUAAUUAGAAUUUAAUGUUGCUUUUAAGUUUGCAUUUAUUAUUUAGUUAAGUCGCAUUUGAUUUUACUCACACCUGCAUAAAUACUUAUUUUCCUACCUAUUAACUUAAUAAAAAUGA